AGCAGAAUGGGGUGAUGUCUUGGAUGACGUAUAACAAUGCAGAUUGGCUGGUAUUCGCACGGCCCUAGAGUGCCAUUUCCAGCGGCAGCAUACAGUGCGGAUACAGCCCUACUUAGUGGCCAUCCCGUCCAUCCCCUCACACCUGAGCUUGUUCAUCCCACCUCACCCCACCCUCUCAACCAACAACCACCACUACAAACGACGCCGUCUCGCACUCCACCAACAGUCCGACGUCCAACCAUGGCCCAGGCGUUUGUCACGAUCGCCUCGCCGGAGGUCAGCAGAUACCUCGAAGCGGCAGUCUUCUGGAACUAUUCUGGGCCUGUUCUAGAAGCCUGUUCCCCUCUCGAGCCUCAUAUCAUCCCGCACUAGCUGUUUAAAAGCUGGAGGUCCGAGACCAAUCCCCCACCCCCUCACCGGCCGUAACCGCAAGCGACGAGAUGGCGCCCCAAGUCAUACAUCUGCCCGACGGCCAGACCUUUACCGUCACGCCUGUGUUCGCAGGCCUUGGCUUCAAGAGCCACGAGCUGAACACCCACCGCCACGCCUUCCCCAUCGGCUGGACUGUCGUCCUAAACACCGAGGCCGAUUCGGACGACGACGGCGACGAAGACGAUGACGAUGAUAAGGAUACCGAUACGGACCGUCACGGCGCCGAGAAUGGCCACGGCGUCUUUCUCGACGGAGACAAGGGCGCCGCCGCCCGUGUGAAGAGGCACAUCCACUCGUUUGCGAAGCCGACGCUGCAGGGCGACAACCUCUUCAUCUCGUCGAUUGCGAACCCCUCGAGCUCCGAGUUCAAGCCGGCCGCCAGCCCCACCCGGCAGAUCGCCAUGAUGCUGUGGAUCACGCUCUACUGGUACUUCCACCAGCCCGAGCCGGACUCGCAGGUCCCCGCCGGCGCCGCAAAGGCCACUCCCCUCGGGGCCAAGCCGCGCGGGGAGUGGAAGAUCAACAUCAAGCGCGACGGCGUGCUGCGGGGCCGCAACUUGAUCCCCAAGCUGGAGCGCAUGGGGCUCAUCGCCUCGGCUGACACUGCCGUCGGCACGAGCGUCGACGACAACGACGAAGGCUGGACGCGGAUGUUUGCGACUCGCCGGAUGUUCUGGCAGCUCCCGGGACGGCUUUUUCUCUUCUCGCUGCAGCCCAACAGGUCUAUGAGCUCGUUCCCCGGGUCACCCACCAGCAGCCGCCCCGGUUCACCUACUCGGGGCGAGGGGGCUCAUAGCCCGCACUAUCACUCCCCACACUCGUCGUUUGGACGCCUGGACACCGACCUUCCUGGUGGACCGAUUCCAACCACCAUGGUGACGGUCCCAAGCUUCCCAAUCGGUCCAUUCUUCUCGAGCUCUCACCUCCCCACGUACUACCCGCCUCCGCCGCUCCAGUACAUCUUCACGAACAACAUUCGCCACCCCCUUCGGCCAAAGCCCCCGAGGAUGGGAGAAGUCUUUUACACCCGGUUUGUUCCGAGUGUUGGCCAGUACCUGUCGUUCCGAGUCGCGUCGUCCUCUCCAAAGCCAGUGCCAUACUAUGGCCCGGUUGGGCUCGACCCCCCGGUUAAUGUUCACACGACUACACUCAGCGAUAAUGACCUCAUGAAAAUGUGGAUGGGAAAGCCCCGUGUAAAUGCUUUCUGGGGUGACUACGGCCCGGAUUUCCUCACGAACUCUUUGAACCAGCCACAUUCAUUCCCCGUCAUUGGACAAUGGGAUGGCGUGCCCUUUGGGUACUUCGAAAUCUAUUGGGUCAAGGAGGAUAUUUUGGGCCGCCACCUUGGCAAUGAAGCUGGGGAGUGGGAUAGAGGACUUCAUGUUUUGAUUGGUGAAGAAUGGGCCAGAGGCCGGGUGCCCGUCUGGUUGUCGGGUCUGGUGCAUUGGUGUCUGACAUCGGACUACCGCACCAUGAACAUUUGCCUAGAGCCAAGGGUGGACAACGCUAGAUUUCUGCAACGUCUUGAGUAUUCAGGUUUCUGUCGAGAGAAGCAGAUAUCCUUCCCUCACAAGCAAUCCUGGUAUGUGCGCAUGCGCCGGGAACAAUGGGAAGGGCCUGCCCUCUGAGGGCGUUGCCUAUGCUGAGACGACUGGUGUGACUGCAUGGAAUGAUUUUUAUGUAUUCAAUUUUAUGUUGAGCGAGCGGGUGUUGAUAUCGCAAUGUGGGCGCAGUGAUUCAGCGAUGAACAAAUGCGAUAACAAAAUUGGCUUUGACAUUUGGAGAAGAAAUCAGAACUAGUCUGUUGUUCUUUCUGCGGCUUUGUCUUUCAUAGCCCCCGGACGUGGUCUACAAUACAGCUUCUCUUUCUUGGAUAGCACGAACACAUGAAUUUCUCCAGUGUCGCUGUCGAGGUGUAAAAACCCAUGUUUCAUUCCAUUUUCAUGUGUAAAGUUCGUACCCUGUUCCAGAUACUGUCCGUCAUGCCGGGUAUUGUUCAUCAAUGAACAGUGCCGGAUUUCAACAUCU